AUGGUUACCGGGACGAAAUCGCUGAGGCAGCAACGCAUGCACAGCCGUGGAGGUGUAACAGCAGCUGCACAAUAUCAGACCCGGAAGCAGCAGCAGCAGCAGCGUCCUUCCCAUGCUUCUCCCCCAGCACCAACGCCUACACCGACAUCAGCGCCAGGAGGGACACCAGCAGCAGGAGAAAAGACUAAGAGCUAUGAAGAGCGCUGUACGACAAUUAAGCAAUACGGGCAACAUCAGCGCAGCAUAGCGACAACAGCAACAACAGGAAUAGAAGGAGGAGGAGGAACCGGAGGUGGAUGGACACCUUUGCAGCAGCGAAGCCUUCUUAGUGCAUGGCACACGAUUGCUAUCGUUGAGAAAGUUAGCGCAACUCCGAUACGUCCCAUGACGAUAAAGCGCCUUUUGCAGCUAGAGCCUGCCAGUGAAGCUUCCCUUUUGAAAGGCGCGGAGUGGAUUCGUGAGGAACUGCCAGUGAGACUCUCUCAUCGCCUCUACGAUUUUCACAGGCUUCCUCUUGUGGCCGUCGCUCACCCUCUUAUUUUCUCCGUGUACGAGUCCUACCUGACCACGUUUGAUCGGACAAGAAAGCUCCCGCCUAUCACUUCUGCGGCCGAAUUGAGGGAAUUCAUCAAAAUUGUGGAGAAAGAGAGAUCGACACAUGACCGCACUGUGGAUUAUAUGGGGCAAGGCGUUCGCCAGCUACGGCGUGUUUGCAGAGACGUAGACCUCAAUCCGUUCUUAGAAAGGUUUUUUUAUUUUCGUAUAGGAAGGCGAGUUAUGAUAGAUCAGCUCGUUCACCUCCAGCGCGAACAGGAUGGGUGGAGAGGCAUAAUCCACUUAGAGUGUCAUGCAGCCAAAGUCAUCGAGCAACGUGCGCGAGAUGUUCGUGAAGCCUGCCGUUCGACGUAUGGGCUUGCUCCACCUAUUCUUCUUACGGGGCACACUGGCAUGCGUUUCGCUACUAUUCCUGACCACCUCGCAUUGAUAAUUACUGAAAUAUUGAAAAAUGCAGUACGUGCAACAGUUGAAUUCCACACAAUGGGGAAUUCCCUUGUAGAUGCCACUACUAGAAGUCUUAUACAAGACGAUGAAGAUCUUCCUGAAGUUAAAGUCGAAGUGUAUAAGGGCAAGAGAGAAGUUGUCAUAAAAAUAUCUGAUAAGGGUGGUGGCGUACCACCCGCGAAACUAACGGAUAUAUGGAGUUUCGG